AAUGUUUUUAUCGACUAUAAAUUACUUGUCUAUCUCAGUUGAUUUACCUAUCUAUCUAUUUCUAUAUAUCUGUAGUUUUUUGUAGUUUGUAAACAUGUUGUGUCCCUGACCAUAGUACAUUCCUCGAGUGUCUCUUAUCAAAUGUCUUCUCUCCUCAGCUGUCCUCCUCGUCUCACUGAAUCCUCCUUGUCAUGGAGCAACAAUAUCCCCAGUCCACGGUGGUGUUUCGAAAUGUGGGGCAGCUCUAUUUCCCCCAGACCAGAGUGGAGUGUCACUACAGUGUGACCUCAGCCCAUCAGUGGAGCAGCAGUGACUGGAUUGGCAUCUUUAAGGUUGGCUGGUCCUCACUUCAAGAGUACCACACGUACUCUUGGUCGCUUGUUCCUGAAGGCUAUACGAAAGGAACUGCCGUCGACUGCUGUGCACUAUUUCAGGCCUUUUACCUACCUCGCCCCAGCCCAGUGGAGUACCAGUUUGUCUACGUUGACAAGCUGGGCAAAGUCUGUGCCCACAGCAGACCUUACACCUUCUGCUCCCCCAAACCUCUGGAGGAGCUGGAGACCCUGAAAGAGGAGCAAGAUGGAGAUGAGGAAGAUGGAGAUGAAGAGGAGCUGCUCCUGGUGGUCCCCAGGGCUCAGCUGCUGCAGAGUCAGCUGGAAGAAUGCGUGAGGGAGAAAGCCGAGUUGCAGCAGGCCGUAGAGGAGGAGCGGAGGAGCAGCAGAAGAGCAAAAGAGGAAUGGGAGAGUGAGCGGAAGGCCACGGAGAAGGAGAUUAGUGAGCUCCUUGAAAAACUGAAUCACAAGUGUGACGUGUUGAAGAAUGUAGAAGGACAACACCUGGAUGUUAAAAGCAGUCAUCAGAAUCUCAACUCUGAACUUGGUCAACUUUUGGUGGAAAAAGUGCAAAGUCAGCGACGCAUCAAAGACUUGGAAGAUGGCGCCAAGGCGCUAGCAUACCGAGAGACAGAGCGACACGUGGAGAUGGAACGGCUGAAAGAGAUGUUGAAGAAUACAUCCAGUCAAAUCAAACUUGAUGAGGAAAAGAAAAAGUUGCUAAAGGCGGAGAGCGAGGCCGCACUGGCAGAGGUCUGCGGCCUGCAGCAUCGUCUGGAGUCCAGCGAGCGUUUGGCCGAGAGCCUGCGCAGGGAGCUGAGAGAGCUGAGCACCCGUCAAGGCCACACUAAUGCCGAGCUGCACCAAGUCCGCCUGCAGGUCGCCCAGCUGGGCCUGCAGCUGUCAGAGGAGAAGCUACUGCUCCGGGAGGAGCGGGCCAACUGGGCCCUGGAGAGAGAAGCUUACAGGCAAGCGGCAGAGGCUAACCAAAAGAAAGUGGAAGAGCUGAGUAGUGAGGUACAAAGGAAGAAAGAGCAACUGAGGGAGGAAAGAAAUAAUGUGGAGUUUGGGAUGAAAUACAGAGAUUGUGAUGGAGACAACAAGGUGCAGGCGGUCCAGCACGGUCAGAAGCAGCAGCGGAUGCUAGCAGGACUUGUGGACCCAGUAGUCAGGAGCUGACCCCAUAGUGGUAUCCAGACGACUUGUCCUGGCACACGAAGCAAGGCUUGUAGAUGCGAGGCGGCGGCGGAGGAGACGGUGAGCUGGGUACCAUCUCCUCGGAACUGGUACUCUGGGUCUCCACCGCUGCACACACAAGAAGAAGAAGCAGCACGAGGAGCCCUUCCUGUCAUUGGUAGCGCCUCUUAAAGGAAAGACUGUGAAGACCGGGCUGAUGUCCAGAAGACAGCUCCAUAAAAAAGCCAAGCACCAGACAUUUAAAAAGAAGUUCCAUCCCCACAGGGAGGCCUGCAAUGUGGCUACAAUUAUGCAGCUGGCCGGGACUUGACUUCAGACUGACUGCAGCAGGCAAAUGUAGGAGCAACACUCAGGUCUGUGCAAUGAUGUCACCCGUUUCAGCGCAAUGAGGUGAGGUGAAGAAGCCAAGAAGUCAUGGACACCGUGGUGUGCAUCCAUCACUGGAGCGAAACAGUAAGAGUUCACAAGGGAGCGCAUGCGUGCGUCGGUCAGCUUGCGUUCCCCUCCUGAAAUGUUUUUACUCUUUCUCUCGGUCCUGUUCCCAAUUAAAGCCGUCCUAACUGUGCCGUCCCAACAUCUCACAAACAGACAGGGAGAGAGACGGACAUAGAUGUCUCACUCAUGCUCUGACAUGUCCUCUCUUACACACGGCUCAGACUCACUCAGAAGACAAUUCAGAUGAAGCUUAAAAAGAGACAAGGCAAACUUACCAGAUGUCU